AUGUCCGCAGCAGUCACCACCUCCUCAACAAAUGCUCCCGGCGUUCCAGGAAUGUCAAAUCCCGCAACACAACUCACUAUGGAACAACAACAGCAAAUUGCUGCUCAGGCUCAAUUUGGUGUUGGUGUCCCUCCUGCAGCCCCUCAAGCCUCUGCCUCGCUUUACGUCGGUGAGCUGGAUCCCUCCGUCACUGAGGCUAUGCUUUUUGAAAUGUUUAGUACGUUUGUUCAUAACCCCUUGUUUCCUUUAGUAUUCGUGUGUGUAGAGAUGCCGUUACCAGAAGAUCUCUUGGAUAUGCGUGAACAAGCCCUUGAACGUUUGAAUUAUACUGUUAUCAAAAAUAAACCUUGCCGUAUCAUGUGGUCACAACGUGAUCCAGCUCUUCGCAAGACUGGUACCGGCAAUAUUUUUAUCAAAAAUCUCGAUAAGUCGAUUGACAACAAAUCCCUUCAUGAUACGUUUAUCGCCUUUGGAAAUAUCUUGAGCUGUAAGGUUGCUAUGGAAGAUGGUGUUUCUAAAGGCUAUGGUUUCGUUCAUUACGAAACGGCUGAGGCUGCUGAAAACGCCAUUAAGCAUGUUAAUGGAAUGUUACUUAACGAUAAGAAAGUAUAUGUUGGUCAUCAUAUUCCUAAGAAAGAACGUCAAUCUAAACUUGAAGAAAUAAAAGCAAAGUUCACAAAUAUUUAUGUUAAAAAUUUGGACACUGAAGUUACAUUAGAAGAGUUCCGAAGCCUCUUCACAGCCUUCGGUAGAAUCACAUCUGCUGUUAUUGCAACCGAUGAAGCCGGCAAUUCUAAGGGAUUUGGCUUUGUUAAUUAUGAAAAUCAUGAUGAAGCGGCACAGGCGGUAGGUGAGCUUCAUGAUACAGAGUUGAAAGGCAAAAAAUUAUUUGUGGCCCGUGCUCAGAAAAAACAUGAACGUGAAGAAGAGUUACGAAGACAAUAUGAGCAAGCUAAAAUGGAAAAAUUGAACAAAUAUCAAGGUGUCAAUUUGUAUAUAAAAAACCUUGAGGACGACAUUGACGAUGAGAAGUUGCGUCAAGAGUUCUCUGUCUACGGUGUUAUUACAAGUGCAAAGGUGAUGAGAGAUGAGAAAUUUCAGUCUAAGGGGUUUGGUUUCGUUUGCUUCUCAUCACCUGAUGAAGCUACCAAAGCAGUAACCGAAAUGAAUGGUCGCAUGAUCGGUAAUAAACCCAUUUAUGUUGCUUUGGCUCAAAGAAAGGAUGUACGAAAAUCACAAUUAGAAGCUCAAAUUAAUCAGAGGAACCUAAUACGUCAACAACAAGCGUCAGUUGGAAUGGGUGCCGGUGCCUUUGGAAUGCCUGGUGUGUAUGCUCAUCCAGGUUCGUAUGGAAUGAGGUCUGGUCGCCCAGCUCCUUUUUACGGUCAAGUUAACAUGAUUAAUGCCGUCCCUGGUACGACUCCAAACCUUCGUACCAAUAAUUUCGGAGGAAUUGUCAAUCGCCCUAAUGGAAGACCACAAAAUAAUCCUCCUCAGAACACUGGUCGCGGAAAUCCUAAUGCUAAUCGCAGCAUUAGGAACCAAUAUCAGCAAGCACCCAAACAACAUAAUCAAUUCAGCCAAAACAGUCGUGUUAGUAAUGGCCAAGGACCAUCUAACACUCGCAAUACCGUUCCCACUGUGCAAAGUACUUCAGCCUCUAUGGGCUCAGUCUUUGAUAAUCGUAAAAUUAUUGGUGUUUCUCACGAAGCGCAAAAACAAGUGCUUGGUGAACAAUUAUUUCCCAAGAUUUCGGCACGCCAACCUUCAUUGGCUGGUAAAAUUACUGGAAUGUUGUUGGAAAUGGAUAAUGUUGAAUUGAUGCAUUUACUCGAAAGUCCUGGCGCUCUAGAUGCUAAGGUCGAAGAAGCAGUUACCGUGCUGAGACAACACCAAAUGGCUACUGGCCAAGACUUUCCCCAAUCUGAUUAA